UGAUCUUGGUUCAUCGAGUAGAAGACCGGAACAUUCCGACAGUCUGGAAGGGAGAGCUAGACUUGGUUCACCUGUGACGAGAGAAGCUCUGUCUGACUCUUGUACCUUCAUUCAUGAACGUCCUUGCUUACAUGACCUUGCACUGUUGGACUUUCUGUGUGCAAAAUCCGAACCGCAGAGGUGACGGCCCAGAUGCAUUACUAGUCAGAAGCCCCCUCAGAAGACCGCCGAGUUAGUCUUCAUCCUCUUAUCUGCCCGGCGUAUUCCUCACAUACUUUGUGUCAUUGCUCGUCUCCCAUCUGGUGUGUCUACAGUGUCUGCACCAUGUACUGCGUUCAGUUACUGUGGUUGUACACCUCGUAACAAUGAAUUCGAAAGCCAGUCGGUACCCAAUGCGACUGCCGCUUCUGAGGGAAGAGAGGACAACGCUCCACAUCACGUUUCACGUGAUGGGUUCAAUAUCGAGAACCAACCGCUCGUAGACUCCAACGAUCCUGUAAAUGAAGAGAUCAUCCGUGCCAUCGUCUGGUGCUCACAGAUAUGCGCCAGCCUAUCUCUUGAAUACCUGUCAUGGCCAGCCGGUCGAGCUCUGCGUGGGUCGUCGCUUGCAUGAAGAUUGCAUAUCACCUCAACCAAGCCCUUGUCAGGCAUUCGGAGGCGACGGGAAUCGACUCGAUGCUCCCACACCUACAUUCCCUACUCAAGGGUCGAGCUCUGAGAGUGUUUCGGUCUCCGCUACGGCAUCGGUUCCUGCAUCUGAGCCAGCAGCACCUCGUGAAGAUCGAGAAAGCCUACAAACAAAAUAUGAAAUGUAUGAGACACAGGAAAUCAUGAACGUUGCGAUUCAGCUUGCAUAUGGCACAAGGAUACGAAUGAGAAUGACCCUCACGAGUGCUGCAGGGGACAUCCAGAGUAGUAUCAACGCUGCACGACACGAGAACCUGACACGUUCGUAUACGAUUCAGACCAUGCGGCCGACCCAUAUCCUGGGUGAGGAUAUGCAGACAAUUGAAGCGGCAGGGUUGCAAAGAAGCUUGGUUGUCUAGUGGUGGGAUGAUUGAGUAGGACAACAGCGUAUUCUUCACCAUGCUUUGUAUUCCCCGAGACA